UCAACAAAAUAUUCAUCUUUCAAACUACCAAAGUGACACGUAAUUGAUUAGAAAAAUUGACAAGAAAAUUAAAAACUGAAUUUCUAAUUGUAAAUACAAUGGCUAAUUUAACUCCAGUUCUUUAUAAAUUUUAUAAUGAAUAUACCAGCCAUACACCAAAAAAAUUGAAAAUAAUUGAUGCGUACUUGCUGUACGUUUUAUUAACCGGCAUUGUACAAUUUGUGUACUGUUGUCUUGUGGGCACAUUUCCAUUUAACUCAUUCUUAAGUGGAUUUAUUUCAUCCGUUAGUUGUUUUGUACUUGGAGUUUGUCUCCGCCUUCAAGUGAAUCCAGAAAACAAGAAUCAAUUUAAUAGCAUUAGUCCAGAACGAGGAUUUGCUGAUUUUGUGUUUGCUCACGUUGUCUUGCAUUUAGUAGUUAUGAACUUCAUUGGUUAAUUUAAUAAUUAUGUUUGUUAAAAUUUUUUUAAUUAAUAA